AUGACGCGGAAGGGGGGUCCACAAUCCUCAUCAGCACUCGGGAAUCUCCCAAUCCAGUGCGUCCAAUAUCGCCCGCAUAUCAAAUUGCUCGUAUUCAGAGGACCUCGCCCGGUUCCUCUCAAACCACGGCUCGUCCCGAGACUACAGAAAACCGCUGGCUUGAUCUGUCCAACCGAUUAUACUGUCAACACGCUUCCACAUCUCCGUUCAGACAUCGAAUGCCGUGAUUCCGUUGCUUCGAGAGGGAUAAACCCAUACCCCAUGAUGGCGUCCCAUUCAAAGUACCCGGAAGCGCGACGAUCGCCAAUACUCUUUGAUGAAUAUACCAAGGGGAAGGGCGAGGAAUGUAGGGCCGCAGCAACGUUCCGAGACCUCCACAUCAGCGGAUCAGAGGCCACUCAGGACCCGCCGGAUGGUCAUGCAUCCACUACAGGGGACAGCGAGCGCCAUUGGCCUUCUCAAUCUAAUAUCCCUAACAAGCCACAAGCCACAAGCGCUAUCCCUCCUCAUCACUUGACAUUUAACCUCGACCCCUGUACAACUCACUCUUCAUUACCUGCAUCCUCGCCGGCGGCGGCACUCGCCUGUCAUGGAAAAGCCCGUCCCCGGAAGCUUGACCAGCUUGACCAGCAUUUCACUGCCGAUAUGAACUGUCCUCCUCCUCAAUUGGUGGGUUUAGCUAACGAUAUGGUGAUAAUGGCGUGCAGUAUUCAGAUCGGUCUCCUCCCUUCCCCUUCUCCCCCCUUGACAUAG